CCGACAGGGAGACAGAACUGGAGGUCUGCAGAAACAGAUCUAAUAUCCCCAUGACUUUAAGACAAGCUGUGUUCUUUCCAGUGCAGUAUCACAGGAACCAGAGAGCUCCUGCUGAAGAUAUUUUAAGUACAAAAUGAAGAAGAAGUGAACUAAUGUGUAAAAUGAAAAAUAUAUACGAUCAGGAACUGUAUGGUUGGAUUCUAGUGAAUGUUUGAUGAGUUGGUCUGGAUGAGAUUUGAGCCUCACUGGGAUCAGAAAUGUCUUUUCUUUAUCAUAACAUAGCACAGUAUCAUCCUCUACAAAUGAUGAUUGAUAUUCAGUUAAUCAUGACUCCCUGUGAAUGUUGUUGGUAAUUUUUUCUUGCUGUGUGUGGAUAAGCAACUGUCAUAAGUGGUGUGAAUGUUUCAAAUGUGGUUUUAGUUUGUUCUGCUUCCCUCAAGUGGCCAAACAGAUUAUUGACAUAUCAAAGGUCAAACUUGCAGUGUACAGAGUCUGGCUCUCAGGUUUGGCAAGACAUAGAUCAUGUUCUCAAACUUCCAGAUUUUUUAAAUUCUGGCACAAUACAUCAAAUAACAACACUGAUAUUUCAUAUUGUACCUACAUGGUGCCUUUAAAAUGAUGGAGAAAUUUAGUUCUUUAAAGAACUCAAAUGCAUUUUUUGUCUGUUUCAUCUUGACUUUUUGUUCCAAUGAGUCUUGAGUCAUUCUCAGUCUUACAACAGAGCUGUAAUAAGCAACCAGCAGGUCACAGGUUACAAAAUGAAUUCAAAAUGAUGUGAGAUUACUCAAGAAUCUGAUAAUCUGAUGAAACAUUUUAUUUUCACUUACGUGAACCUUGCUUUCUUAGAUGUGAAGAAUUGGACUGUGUGUCCUUGACUCAGGCAAUUAAAUGUAGUUCAGUUAGAGUUUUCAUCAAGGUGUUAACCACACCUGAUGUUUGUGUGGUGUGACUAUUUUAUAUUGCAAAAAUUUCCAGAGCUUUGCUGCUGUUGUGCCAGCAUUUUCAUCAAUACACUUCCCCUUGAGUUCUUACUAAAGAUUGACUCAAGAGGUGCAAUGAGGAACCAACAGGUCUCAUACCAAUAAAAUCUCAUCUGUGGUCUCUCUCACUAUCACCUUAACUCUUGACUUUUAUAGCGAGAAGCACGAUGGUUAUAUUCAAAUGGAUUAAAAUGUCUUUAUUUCUGACAGUACUUCUGUUUACAGCAGCAGUAAAUGGAGAAAUUUCCUAUACUGUCAGAGUUGGAGAUGAAGUCACUUUGUCUUGUGAAAAUGUGAUAGAGGGUCAGGACAAAUGUGACAGAACUACCUGGAUGCUCGGUGGUUCGAAAAACUCUGUAACUCUGUUUGAACAUGGGCAGAUUCAUAAAGAUGCAGCAUCUCAAUCAGACAGACUGAGUGUCACAGAGAACUGUUCUCUGGUUAUAAAGAAGGUCACAGUUGAGGAUGUUGGUCAUUACGGCUGCAGACAGUUUAACAGAUCAGGACGACAACAAGGUCCAGAUGCUCAUGUUUUUCUGUUUGUUGUUUCCAUGACUGAACAGAAGAACAGAGAUCAGGUGACAUUAAACUGCUCUGUGAGGACAUAUGACCACUGUAGACACACAGUGAAGUGGCUGUAUGAGGGUAAAGAUUUGGAUAAAGACUUGAAGACAUCACAGUCUGGCUGCUCAGCCAAUGUGACCAUCACAACUUCUCGUUUGAUCACAAAUCACAACUUAUUCAAGUGUAAUGUGACUGAUAAGUACACAGGAAACAUGCAGCUGUUUACCUUCAGCCUUCAGUCGUCUGAUGAUAAAACAGAUCACUUUGUUCUGAACAACAUAUUGUUGGCUGUGCGAGUCGCACUGUUGGUUCUCCCCCUCAUUGUGAUCACUGUUCUUCAGGUCAGAGCUCGAGGGAACCAGAGACCUCCUGCUGAAAAUAUGGAUUUAAACUCUGUAAGAACUGAACAGCGUUCUGGUCCAGCUGAAGGUGGUUUGGGAAAGUGACUCGUCUGAUCCAGUCACUGUCACUGAUGUUUCUGCUGAGCAGGACAUUAAACUUCAGCUGUUCCUCUGGAGCUGCUCUGCAACAUUUAUCUCUCUCAUACUGAAGAUUUUAGUCGAGUGAUAAUAAAUAAAUAACUCCUGUAUAUAGUGAAAGUUAAGUUAUUUGUUAUGUACCAUGGCCUCUUUCAUAGUUAUAUUAUUGAAUUAUUAUUAUUGAUACAACAACAUGCAAACUUUGUUCUCAUGUGGCUGGUGGAGUGGGAGCUAAUUAUAGCUAUUUUAUAAAAUGGUAAACUGUUGUGUUUUUUUAAGAUAAUAAACAGAGAUGUUGAAACCAG